AUGGCUAACAUCAUGUACCACGGAAACUGCCAUUGUGGUGCCUACCGCUUUGAGGUGGCCCUCCCCAAGAUCACGCAAGUAAUUGCUUGCGACUGCAGUUUAUGUGCUAAAAAGGGCCAUUUAUGGGUUGUGCCAUCCCCUAGCGAGUUUAAAGUCACAAGAGAUGAUGGCAAACUGGUUAAAUAUCGCUCCGAGGCCUUGCAUAACCAGUUUUGCAACAUUUGCGCUUCACCGGUACUGGGUGAGCAUGUGGCUGGGCCAUUGGCAGGAAAGCUAGCCAUUAACGCCCGCACGAUUUUGGAGAUUGACCCAUUCGAGUUUGAGGUCGCUAAUAUCCAUACGGAUGACCACAGAGAGACACCAAGCACUGUCUCUUCGGAUGGCACCGGAGCAAUACACAAAGGAUCUUGCCAUUGUGGCAAGGUACUGGUAGAACUCUUGACUCCUCUAGAAGAUGAGUUGAGUGAAGACAAUUGCAGUGCUUGCCGCAGAGUAAGCUUGUCCCAAAGAAAAUCUGUUGACCUCAGUGCAUGCCGCAUAACUGCACAGGUACUGACCUAUCCUACCAAAGAACAAGUCCGCAUUGACGGCAAGGAACAUACACUGGAAUAUGCCCGGGGAAACAAAUGGACUGCAUACGCGUUCUGCGGAACGUGUGGCGUCAGUAUGUUUGUGGAGAAUUACGGUCCACCAGAAGGUGCAAGUUUCUUUGAUAGGGUCCCUGCCGAGAGACGCGAGUUCGUCCUGUCAGUGUAUCAGAAGAACAUAAACUCUCUACCCGUGCAGGUCAGAAGUCUGGAUUCAGUUGACUUGGGAUCAUUAAAGGUGCAGCGCAAGAACACUGGAACCGAGGGCUACGUUCUAGACCCGUAG